CUUCCUUUUCGUGAAACGGGAGUAAAGUCGCAAACGUAAAGGAUCAUAUACAACUACCUACUUUUCAAUCGAUAUCUGCAUCGAUCUACUCACCGUUGUCUCCUGGAUUGUAGCUGAGAUCAGCGCGAACCACGUGUGUCUCAGCUUCCUGAUCUGUUAACUGUGUUUGGAAAGGCUUCUAGCUUAAUCACAGAGUUCUCUCGUUCGUGGGCUCAUCUAAAGGAGGAGAAGAGUGGUGGUGCAGCAGAGGAUCAAUUUCAGCAAUUUGGACUCAGCUCAGCCACUGCAGAGGAAACAAUGACUUCAACACAAAAGGACCAACAUGGAGCGAGAAGUCAGCGCUCGCAGGAGGCCGACAAACGUCACAGAAGAAAGAGAGAGAAAACAUACAGCUGUGACGAGUGUGGGAAGGGUUUUACCUCGGCUCAAGGCCUAAAAACACACCAACUCAUCCACAGUGGAGUUAAACCUUACAGUUGUGAUGAGUGUGGGAAGGAUUUUAGCCAGGCUGGCGGCCUAAAAUCACACCAACUCACCCACAGUGGAGUUAAAGCAUACAGCUGUGAUGAGUGUGGGAAGGGUUUUACCUCGGCUCAAGGCCUAAAAACACACCAACUCAUCCACAGUGGAGUUAAACCUUACAGUUGUGAUGAGUGUGGCAAGGAUUUUAGCCAGGCUGGCAACCUAAAAUCACACCAACUCACCCACAGUGGAGUUAAAGCAUACAGCUGUGAUGAGUGUGGAAGGUCUUUUGCCCGGGCUGUAGAAUUAAAACAACACCAUUUCAUCCACAGUGGAGUUAAACCUUACAGCUGUGACUUGUGUGGAGGGUCUUUUGUCCAGGCUGGAAGCUUAAAGAAACACCAACUCAUCCACAGUGGAGUUAAACCUUACAGUUGUGAUGAGUGUGGGAAGGAUUUUAGCCUGGCUAGCGGCCUAAAAUCACACCAACUCACCCACAGUGGAGUUAAAGCAUACAGCUGUGAUGAGUGUGGAAAGUCUUUUACCCGGUCUGGACAAUUAAAACAACACCAUCUCAUCCACAGUGGAGUUAAACCUUACAGCUGUGACUUGUGUGGAAAGUCUUUUACCCGGUCUGGAGACUUAAAAAAUCACCAUGUCAUCCACAGUGGUUUUAAACCUUACAUCUGUGAUUUGUGUGGAAAGUGUUUUGCCUGGGCUAAAGGCUUAAAAAACCACCAACUCAUCCACAGUCGAGUUAAAGUGGACAGCUGUGAGUUAUAUGGAAUUUUUUUUGCCCAGGUUGGAGGCUUAAAAAUACACCAACUCAUCCACAGUGGAGUUAAAGCGUACAGCUGUGACUUGUGUGGAAAGUCUUUUACAUAUUGUGAGGGCUUAAAAAAACACCAACUCAUUCACAGCGUAGUUAAAGCACACUACUGUGAGUUGUGUGGUAAAGCUUUUGCUCAAAGUCGAAACUUACAGAAGCAUCUACUUACCCACUCUGGAAUUCAGUGACAAACAGUACCAAAAUAUUCACCUGCAGAUUCACACUGGAAAUGAUGUUUCCUGCUGUGAUCAGUGUGGGAAACUAUUUACAACAGAUGCACAGUUA